CAGAAUUGUCAACCAACCAACCUCAGAGAUUGACGCUUCUCGAGAAUGACCGACAGGAUUCAUCAAAUAAUUAAUCAUGUACGAGGAACACCACUCAGUCGAUUACAAGCCAAGAGUCCCGAUGAUAUUGUAAUCACCAUGGCAAUGCGUACACCGAUGUGCAAGGCCAAAAAAGGAGGGUUCAAAGACAUGUCAUCAGACGAACUUUUAUUAUCAACCUUACGGGCCACAAUCGACCGAAUACAAAUGCCCCCAGAGCAGAUUGAAGAUAUCACCGUAGGUACUGUUUUGACGCCGGGUGCAGCUUACCAAGCUAGGGCAGCUUGCUUGGCUGCCGGCUUUGCCGAGAGUACUCCCGUACAAAUCAUCAAUCGGUUUUGUUCGAGCGGUUUGAUGGCUGUCAGUGGUGUGGCCAAUCAGAUUAAAAAUGGAGAUAUUGAGUGCGGAUUGGCAAUUGGGUUUGAACAUAUGUCAGCGAAUCCAGAUCGAGGAAUUCCUGAAGGGGGGUUUUCUAAGGAUGUCAUGGACCAUGCUGCCGCAGCAGACUGUGUUUUUCCCAUGGGAUGGACUUCGGAGAAUGUGGCCAAUGACUUCAAAAUCACCCGAGAGAAAAUGGACGAGUUUGCACUCAUGUCCCAUCAACGUGCUUCUCGAGCUCAAUCCAGUGGAUUAUUCCAGGAAGAAAUCAUGCCUUUGGAGGCCUAUGUGGCCCCUUCUCAAGGCAAUGGCGAUGCCGGGUCUAUAAAGCGUGAAAAGAAAAUCAUCUCUAUUGAUGAUGGGAUCAGGCACGGAACGACGGCUCAACAGCUAGCUAAGAUCCGAGCCGCAUUCCCUCAAUGGCCUCCUUCUCAUACGACUGGCGGGAAUGCUUCUCAGAUCACGGAUGGUGGUGCUGUGGUAUUAUUGAUGUCCAGAAGAAAAGCAGAAGAAUUAAAAUGCAAGAUUCUGGCUAAAUAUGUCAACACUCAAGUUGUUGGUCUACCGCCUAGAAUCAUGGGUAUUGGACCUAGUCUGGCGAUUCCUAAACUGCUUGAAAAGCUUGGAUUAGGUAUUGAAGACAUUGAUCUGUUUGAAAUCAAUGAGGCGUUUGCAUCGAUGUACGUUUAUUGCGUCCAAAAAUUACAAAUCCCUCUUGAAAAGGUCAAUGUCAAUGGUGGUGCUAUAGCGCUUGGUCACCCGUUGGGCUGUACUGGUGCCCGUCAAGUUGCCACAGGUUUACAUGAGCUUAGAAGAAGGCGCGGGAAAGUCCUUGUGACUUCAAUGUGCAUUGGUACGGGUAUGGGUGCAGCUGGGUUGAUCCUAGCCGAGUAUUGAUGUGUUAAAUUAUUGUCUUAACGUCAUAUUUCUUGUAGACCAGUUUCAUUUACUGUGAUUUUGAAGAACAUAGACUUUAACCUUAAGCAGACGUUUCACGGUGCUCUUGUUUGUCCAAUUUAACGCCAAAGAUGCGUUUAGCUUGUAAAUGAGAUAGCACAUUUGUACCCUU